AUUACAAAAUAUAGCUUUACAAACAUUAAAAGAAUCUUAAAAAUUUUUUUUUUUCAAAAAUAAAAAAAUUAGGAGCUUUGAUGUUGAAUAUCUUUAAGGGGUAAAAAUGGCAACUUUUAGUAGUUUAGAAAUUGGUUUAAGUUUCAUAUGUGGAUUAGUACUUUUGGGAUGUGCUAUUGAGGUCUACUAUCUUUUAUGGUGGAAGAAAAGAAAAUAUGAAAUUGAUCAAGAAAACCAAAAACCAUCUGUUCCUUCAUUUUCUUCAACCUAUAAACCCACUCACAUGUCAUACAUUUCCUGUUGGAAAAAUAAUAGUUCUACAAAACCAACAAAAACCCAAGAAAAUAACCAAAAUCCAGACAUGGGUUUGGUGCAAGAUCUUGUUUUAGAUGAUUCUGAAGAAGAAAGUUUGGAUCUUGAACUAAUGAGGCUACAUAAUCUUCAAGGGCCACCAAGGUUUCUAACCACUAUUAAUGAAGAAACCAAAGAAGAUAUAGAAUCACAAAGGAGUAGAAAAUGUUCAAGAACAAAAAGUUUAAGUGAUUUACUUGUGCAUUUCGAGACCCCACAAGCUUCAUCACCAAUUAAGAGUAGUAGUGCUUCACAAUUGUUAAAUCUUGAAAGUUUCAAGUUUCAUCAAAAUAAUAAUGGAUUGAAUUUGAAUAAUCCUCUGUUUGAUAUUGAUACAUAUAAGAUGAGAUCUUCACCACCUCCCACAUUCAAGUUUUUGAGAGAUGCCGAGGAGAAGCUUUUGAAGAAGAUGAUGGAAUUUGAAGCUGCUGAAAAAGAGGUAAAUAAUAAUAAUCAACAAAUUUUAGUUGCUUCAAAGGUGGAUGAGAAUAGUGGUUGUUUUGUAAAAAUAAGUGCAAGUAAAGGCAAAAAUGGGAUGAUUCAAAAUAAUCAACAAAUUUCAUCAGCUGCUUCAAAGGUACUUCCAUUGGCUUCUUCACCACCAAACAAUUAGUGUAACUGAUAUGAAAUAGGCAAUUUCUGUUACUUUUUUUUUUCCCCACUAUUUAUUUUCUUUUUGUAUUUAUUUGUUCUUAAUUGAUAGUGUAGUACACUAAGUGUACAUGUAGUAUAUAUAAUUAGCAAUUCUGUGUACGUAUUGUUAGUCCUAAGCUAUCUCCAACAACAUUAAAUUUGUAAAUCGAUCUUUUGAUGUAUAUGUCAAUUAACUUGUUUAUCAAGUGAAUGAUAUGUGAACUGUAAAAGUGAAAAAAAUUUGCUUAUUAGUAGAAGCAAAACAAAA